CGUCUCUUUCCUUCUCUGCCAGCAGCUGUCAGCCUAACAUGUGAGCUGUGGCCUCGGACUUGGAACCAUGGAAGGAGCUCAUGUCAGCAUCCUUGUCACCAUCCAGAGGAUCUACUAUCCACUGCUGUGUAUUCUGGGGAUUCCAGCCAAUCUCUUUACCUUCUACAUCAUCUGCUUCCGGAAGUGCGGGAUGUCCGACACGGCGGUCAUUUACUUGAGUUGCCUGGCCAUCGUGGACACCUUCUACCUGGUGUGGGUGAUCCUCAUCGACCUGACCCUCACCUUCUGGCUGCUGCAGCCCUUCUGGCACGCCCACCCCUGGUGCGCCAUCCUGGGGUUUCUCCAGUACGGGUCUCUCUACAGCUCCUCUUGGAUCGUUGUGGUGUUCACCAUCGAGCGCUACCUGGCUCUCCGCAGCACCUCCCCCACGCCGCCCGAGGCCCGGGCCUCCAAGCUGACCUGCGUGGCCAUCGUCCUGGCCUCUCAUCUGGUGUCGGUGCCUCUGGGCUGGAUCAACGUCGUGGUGCCGACCGACUUCCUUGUAGACGGGGAAAACGUGACCCUGCCCAGGUGCCGUUAUCGCUCCGAGACCUACUCCACCGCCAUCGUAUGGAUAACCACCUUCCUCUCUGGAGGGAUCCCCAUCGUGCUGGUCAUGGUCUUCAACUACCUCAUCGGGUUUCAUCUGUGUCGAGCCAGCAACCUCUUCACCAAAGAGGACCGGCGGGUCAUCCACGGCCGCAGCACCCGGGGGAUGCUGAAGAGAACCCUGCUGCUCUUAGGGACCAUAUCCGUGGCCUUUGUGGUGCUGAGCCUGCCGCGAUUCGUCACCUACUGCAUCCUGAGGACCAAGUACAACACGGACAACUUCAACAGGAACGACUACAGCAUUCCCAUCAACGUGGCGGGCGACCUGGCCAACAUGCUGCAGAACCUCAACUCCACCACCAACUUCCUCUUGUACUGCAUGGUCAGCAAGCGGUUUCGGAUGGAGAUUGUCAAGGCGCUGACGUGUAAGGAGGAGACGCAGGAGAUGGGCUCCUUUCUGACCCGAACUACCAUGAAAGUCUUCGCAGUAGCGGUCCGUUCUACGCCGUCCAGCAGCUCAACGCUAACUAACAUUCCACAACUCCAGCAAAUAAAAGACUCAUAAAACGUUUCCUCUCAUUUUAUGUAUUUUUUGUUUGUUUGUUUUGCUUUGUUUUAUUUUGUAAAGUAUCGUGCAUAUUCUUGGAUAUUUUUUUUUAUGUUU